CUGAAUGCAAGGUAAUCAAUACAUAACAUACAAUUUCACGAUCUGAUCAAUCCACACCAACACAAGACAAUGGCCUCCUCUUAUUACUGUUUAGUAAACUUGUUCAUUAUUGCCAUCCUUGUAUCUACUUCCGAUGCCUUCAAUCUGCCUCUUCGAAAAGACCCCAAAACAUUGCAACACUACACCACCGUCCGAAUGGGCAGUACCCGGGCAACCGUUAAUGCGGUCAUCGACCUCGGAGGCAAAUUCUUUUGGUUCGACUGUGACAAUUACACAUCAUCCACAUUCGCUCCCAUCCCUUGCAGCUCACAACAGUGUGAGCUAGCUAAGGGUGACGGAUGCGUGGGGUGCAACAAUUCCCCCCCGCGCCCCGGGUGCACCAACGACACGUGUGGGGCCUCCGCUUACAACCCAUUCCAAGGCGCUCUUGUCUCUUCAGGAUAUGAAUCCGACACGUUGUUCGCAAGCAAUGGCGAUCAGCUAGCUCGAUUUACGUACGGGUGCAUGAGCACGGGCUUCUCCGAGGGUCUGGCUAGCGGUGCCAGCGGGAUUCUAGGCCUUGCUAGGACCAAUGUUUCUCUACACAAACAAGUCGCCACCACAUUUGGUUUUCCUGAUAAAUUCUCCAUGUGUCUUCCUUCCUCGGGAUUAGGAAAGUUAAACAUUGGCGCAGACUUGUCCAGUAUUGAGGCCUCCCUAAUCUCGACGCCCCUCAUUGUGAACCCUUCAAGUACCGGCCCUGCUGUUUUUGUCAAGGGUCAACCUUCGGACGAAUACUUCAUCGACGUACGGGGGGUCAAAGUCAACGGUCAACCCCUGUCGGUCAAAAGCUCUUACUUCACCUUCGACAAAGAUGGCUUUGGAGGCACUAAAUUCAGCACAACCAACAAUUUCACCGCACUCCAUACUUCCCUCUACAAGCCAUUAGUAAGGGCUUUCAUCAAGGCGGCCGCGGACAGGAAUAUAAAAAGGGUCAUGGCGGCGGUGCCACCGUUUAGUGCAUGUUUCGACUCCGCCACCAUUCCCGCCACCGCCACCGGCCCUUCUGUCCCGACCAUCGAACUAGUUUUGCCCGGAAAUGGCAUUUCUUGGAAGAUCUACGGCGCCAAUUCGAUGUUUGCGGUGAAUGACAAGGUGACGUGUCUGGCAUUUGUGGAUGGCGGGGGAUCAGAAUCUAAGAACAAGAACUUCCCGAGCGCAUCCAUUGUCAUUGGGACUCAUCAACUGGAGGAUAACUUGCUGGAGUUUGAUCUUGACUCUUCAACGUUUCGGUUUAGCUCUUCGCUCUUAUUGCACAACAAAACUUGUUCACUCCUCUAAUUACAUGCAUGCAUGUUCUAAAUUUGUUGUUUUCCUUCUUUUCACACAAUAAGCUAAGUGAUCGACGAUAUCUAUCUUCUCCAUAUGGAAGAAUGAAUAAACAUGUACGUAACGUGUAAUACACUCAUAUUUGAUCGAUGAAAGCAUCAAUAAACAACUUAUUGUUUUUAAAGUUUUGGGGUUCAACUUUUUUGUUUUGGAAAUUUUACUCUCCUGUAACUUUUUUUUUU